AUGAAGCAUCUUAAAGGCACUCAGGAUCACGAAGAGCGCCGAAGAGAGGAGUCUCGAAAGCAACGAUGUCAUCUUACCGCAACAUGCGCAGUCACAGAAGGGGUUCUACAGAGACAGGCGGUCCAUAAUGCUCAUGUCUAUCUAGGCUCGGAUGGUAGAAACAGAUCUACAUCACAAAAUCACCUCAUCCAAAUUCUCGUCCUGUUCAAUGGAGGCUUCUCUCAGCACCCUGAUCUGUCUCCUCGAAAUACAGCUGGGCUAGUCACUAUCUCCGGUGAAACACCACCAACCUUACGAUGGGUCUUUCUCGACGCAGAAACACACGAGAUGAGAUGGGGCGGCAAGCAGGAAAGUGAAGGUCAGAUAUGUGGGCCCUUCGACUGGACGAAAGACGAAGCUUGUAUCACUCUUGAAGAUUGGGAGGGGUGGAUGACGGUUCGCGACCCGAGCGAUGAAACAAGGAUGAAGAAAGAACUUGAUCUAGAGGAUUCUGGUGAUAUUUGA